GGUUGAUGCACAAACUAAAGACACUCCAUUGACUGAUUUGGUGUCAGGAGAUAAAGAGAUGGAGAAACUAGAGACAUCAGAGCUUCAGUCCAGACUGUCAUCCCUGUCUGUUUCUUCUUUCCCUGGUAUAACGUCGAAAAACUGUGAAGCAAACCCUUUAAACAGACUUCAAAGCACAGACCUUUCCCGGACAGUAAUCCAACCGGACACCCAAACUAAAAUGGACGUUAACAGCGAAUCUACUCAAUCUACUGAGGAGCCCAGCGCAUCUCUCGGGAAGGCAGAGGUGGGUGACUCACAGGAGAGCAGUACUUCACACCCCGGGGAGAAAAAAGCUCUUCCUCCGAUGAAACCAGCAUCCACAUGGACCUCCGUGGCUCUGAAGGAGCUGAAGACGAAGCUGUGUCAAGAGAAGGACAGCGUGGUGACGGUAUAUCGUGGAGACAUAAUGACCGUCCACGUGCCCACUGUUCCUGAGGCCAAGCACGUGUGCUGGGAGUUUGCCACAGAUGGCUAUGACAUUGGUUUUGGGGUUUACUUCGACUGGUCACCAGUCACUAGCCGAGCCAUUACUGUCCACAUUAGUGAAUCCAGUGACGAUGAGGAUGAAGAAGAUGACCUGGAAGGUGAGGGAGUACUUCCUGUCCUGUUCCCUGCUUUUGUUCAGACGAUCUGGUAG